UAAGUGUGGGUGUCUCAGCUUUGCUUCCACUGCCAUUGGUCCACAGGACGGCCCUUCCAGGAGUCAGUGGCUGGGAGCAGUGCUGGAGGAUUAAGGAAGCAGAGAUGGACAGUGAGGCAGUCCGCUUCUGCACAGAUAACCAGUGUGUCUCCCUGCACCCCCAAGAGGUGGACUCUGUGGCAAUGGCUCCUGCAGCCCCCAAGAUACCGAGGCUCGUUCAGGCUACCCCGGCAUUUAUGGCUGUGACCUUGGUCUUCUCUCUUGUGACUCUCUUUGUAGUGGGUAAGCCCCCAGGUGACCCAAAUCUCACUAACUUUCUCUCCUUUCAGCACAAAGUCCCCAGGGGCCCCAGAUGCACACUCUCUAGGCCUCUCUGCUCCCAGAAAGAUCAUUCCACCUCCAGCUCCAGGCCCAAGCCACAGCUUCCCUGGGAACAGAUAGAGGCCACUGUCCAAGGGGGAGCCUCCCAAGAACUGAGGUUCAUGAGGGAAACCCUGGGAGGGUCUUUGCUGCUAUCUCCCCGCUUCUGGAACUCUACCUCUGUGUGGGACAGCGUAUCCUCCCAGGCUCAGGGCUGGGGAUUUGCUGACCUGGAAAAAUGGAAUGUCUCAGUUCAACAGCACACAAGACCUGUUCCGAAGCCUGUGCAAGCUGUAAUUCUGGGAGACAACAUUACUGGGCAUUUACCUUUUGAACCCAACAAUCAUCACCACUUUGGCAGGGAGGCAGAAAUGCGAGAGCUUAUCCAGACAUUUAAAGGCCACAUGGAGAAUUCCAGUGCCUGGGUAGUAGAAAUCCAGAUGUUGAAGUGCAGAGUGGACAAUGUCAAUUCGCAGCUCCAGGUGCUCGGUGAUCUUCUGGGAAACACCAGUGCUGGAAUCCAGAUGGUAAAAGGAGUUCUAAAGGAUGCCACUACAUUGAGUUUGCAGACACAGAUGUUAAGGAGUUCCCUGGAGGGAAUCAAUGCUGAGAUCCAGAGGCUCAAGGGAGACCUUGAAAAGGCAGAUGCUUUAACUUUCCAGACACUGAAUUUCUUAAAAAGCAGUUUAGAAAACACCAGCAUUGAGCUCCACCUGCUAAGCAGAGGCUUAGAAAAUGCAAACUCUGAAAUUCAGAUGUUGAAUGCCAGUUUGGAAAUGGCAAAUACCCAGGCUCAAUUAGCCAAUAGCAGUUUAAAGAAUGCUAAUGCCGAGAUCCAUGUUUUGAGAGGCCAUCUAGAUAGUGUCAAUGACUUGAGGACCCAGAACCAGGUUUUAAGAAAUAGUUUGGAAGGAGCCAAUGCUGAGAUCCAGGGACUAAAGGAAAAUCUGCAGAACACAAAUGCUUUAAACUCCCAGACCCAGGCCUUUAUAAAAAGCAGUUUUGACAACACUAGUGCUGAGAUCCAGUUCUUAAGAGGUCAUCUGGAAAGGGCUGGUGAUGAAAUUCACGUGUUAAAAAGGGAUUUGGAAAUGGUCACAGCCCAGACCCAAAAAGCAAAUGGCCGUCUGGACCAGACAGAUACUCAGAUUCAGGUAUUCAAGGCAGAGAUGGAAAAUGCGAAUACCUUAAAUGCCCAGAUUCAGGUCUUAAAUGGUCAUAUGAAAAAUGCCAGCAGAGAGAUACAGACCCUAAAACAAGGAAUGAAGAAUGCUUCAGCCUUAACUUCCCAGACCCAGAUGUUAGACAGCAAUCUGCAGAAGGCCAGUGCCGAGAUCCGGAGGUUAAGAGGGGAUCUAGAGAACACCAAAGCUCUAACCAUGGAAAUCCAGCAGGAGCAGAGUCGCCUGAAGACCCUCCAUGAGGUCGUUACUUCACAGGAACAGCUACAAAGAACCCAAAGUCAGCUUCUCCAGAUGGUCCUGCAAGGCUGGAAGUUCAAUGGUGGAAGCUUAUAUUAUUUUUCUAGUGUCAAGAAGUCUUGGCAUGAGGCUGAGCAGUUCUGCGUGUCCCAGGGAGCCCAUCUGGCAUCUGUGGCCUCCAAGGAGGAGCAGGCAUUUCUGGUAGAGUUCACAAGUAAAGUGUACUACUGGAUCGGUCUCACUGACAGGGGCACAGAGGGCUCCUGGCGCUGGACAGAUGGGACACCAUUCAACGCCGCCCAGAACAAAGCGUUUUGGGAAAAGAAUCAGCCUGACAACUGGCGGCACAAGAAUGGGCAGACUGAAGACUGUGUCCAAAUUCAGCAGAAGUGGAAUGACAUGACCUGUGACACCCCCUAUCAGUGGGUGUGCAAGAAGCCCAUGGGCCAGGGUGUGGCCUGAGGGCAGGCCAGAGCUGAGGGGCUGCUCCUGCCUGCCAAUACUGACCCUCCUCCUCCUCCUCAAUGCCUUCGGAGCCUCUGAGCUCUGCUUGUUCUCUAGGGCCUUCUGUUGGCCUUGUGGACUUCCUGCCUUGUUCUUUGAUUUAGCCCUUUCAAACAUGCUUACCUCGAGUGACCCAGUGACAUCAGUGGCUUCUCAAGGGAAGAGCCUUGCUGUGCCCCUGUAGCCUCAGCACCCAGCACAGGCCUGUCAGACAGCAGGUCCUCAAUAAAUACUCGCUGGAUC